GCUCGCCGACUACGCGGGGACCGGGGUGGCGUUACUUUAUUUCAGCCAUUGAUCUGGUCGUACGCUGUUCACUGUUGCACCGUUCACCGUAAAACCGCCAUUCACCAAUAACCGUGUUAUUUCUACUUGUAUUUCGUAACUUUAUAAAAUUAAACCAAAUACAAAAUGGCCAAAACUCCUGCUAUUGGUAUUGAUUUGGGUACCACCUACUCUUGUGUCGGUGUGUUCCAACACGGCAAAGUAGAAAUUAUUGCCAACGAUCAGGGUAACCGCACGACUCCCAGUUAUGUCGGUUUCACUGACACUGAACGUCUUAUUGGUGAUGCGGCUAAGAACCAAGUUGCCAUGAACCCCAACAAUACUAUUUUUGAUGCCAAACGAUUGAUUGGUAGACGUUUCGAAGAUGCCACCGUUCAAGGUGAUAUGAAACAUUGGCCUUUCGAAGUAGUCAGUGAUGGAGGAAAACCCAAAAUCCGAAUUAACUACAAGGGAGAAAGCAAAACUUUUUCACCUGAAGAGGUGUCUUCAAUGGUUUUAACCAAGAUGAAGGAAACUGCUGAAGCCUACUUGGGAAAGACUGUCACAAACGCUGUGAUCACUGUCCCUGCCUACUUCAACGACUCGCAACGUCAAGCUACCAAAGAUUCUGGCACCAUUGCAGGGUUAAAUGUAAUGCGUAUUAUCAACGAGCCAACAGCUGCUGCCAUCGCUUAUGGUCUUGACAAGAAAACCUCUGGAGAACGCAACGUCCUCAUCUUUGAUUUGGGUGGUGGAACUUUUGAUGUGUCCAUCUUGACCAUCGAAGAUGGAAUAUUUGAAGUAAAGUCUACCGCCGGUGACACUCACUUGGGAGGAGAAGAUUUUGACAACAGAAUGGUAAAUCACUUUGUUCAAGAGUUCAAACGCAAGUACAAAAAGGACGUGACAACCAACAAACGGGCAUUGAGGCGUUUGAGAACCGCUUGCGAACGUGCAAAGCGUACUUUGUCUUCGUCAACUCAAGCUAGCAUUGAAAUCGACUCGCUGUUCGAGGGUGUUGAUUUUUACACCUCCAUCACUCGUGCUCGUUUUGAAGAGUUGAACGCCGAUCUGUUCCGCAGCACCAUGGAACCAGUUGAGAAAUCUCUGCGUGAUGCUAAAAUGGACAAGUCCGCAAUUAACGAUAUUGUUCUUGUCGGAGGUUCCACUCGUAUUCCAAAAGUACAAAAGUUGUUGCAAGACUUCUUCAACGGUAAAGAAUUAAACAAAUCGAUCAACCCUGAUGAAGCCGUAGCUUAUGGUGCCGCUGUGCAAGCUGCCAUUUUGCACGGAGACAAAUCCGAAGAAGUGCAAGACUUGCUGCUGCUCGAUGUCGCCCCCUUGUCGUUGGGUAUCGAAACCGCUGGAGGUGUGAUGACUGCUUUGAUCAAGCGUAAUACAACUAUUCCAACCAAGCAAACUCAGACCUUCACGACCUACUCUGACAACCAACCUGGUGUGUUGAUUCAAGUUUAUGAAGGAGAACGUGCAAUGACCAAAGAUAACAACUUGUUGGGUAAAUUCGAACUUACUUCUAUUCCACCCGCACCUCGUGGCGUACCCCAAAUCGAAGUAACGUUUGAUAUUGAUGCCAAUGGUAUUUUAAAUGUGAGUGCCAUUGAAAAGUCGACAAACAAAGAAAACAAGAUCACCAUCACCAACGACAAAGGACGUUUAAGCAAGGAAGAUAUCGAGCGCAUGGUCAAUGAUGCCGAGAAAUACAAGUCGGAAGACGAAGCUCAAAAGGGAGUUAUUGCCGCCAAGAACAGUUUGGAAUCUUAUUGCUUCAACAUGAAGAGUACCAUGGAAGACGAUAAAAUCAAGGACAAAAUCCCUGAAUCCGACAAAUCUACGGUUUUGGAUAAGGUCAAUGAAACAAUUAAAUGGUUGGACGCUAACCAGUUGGCCGACAAAGAAGAAUACGAACACAAACAGAAGGAAUUGGAAGGUGUAUGCAAUCCCAUAAUCACCAAGUUGUAUGCAGGCGCUGGUGGUGGUGCCCCUGGUGGUAUGCCAGGCGGCAUGCCCGGAGGCUUCCCUGGUGGUAUGCCCGGCGGUUUUGCAGGUGGAGAUCCAGGAGCCGGAGCACCUGGAGGUGCCGGAGCUGGACCUACAAUUGAAGAAGUAGAUUAAAAAACCAGUCUUUCAUUCCUAUUUUUCUAUGUUUCCAUUAUUAGACAAUAUUAAUUUAAUGGUUUUACUUUGGGCUACUCAUGCUACAAGUCGCCCAUUGAAAAGAAAAAAAUAGACAGUAUGUAAUUUUUCUAAAGAAUUAUGUAUUAAAUCAUUUUUUUUACUUCA